CCUUUUAAGCAGGUAUUUGCUUACCACGUAACUGGGUGUUGAGUGCUAUUGUAGUUAUAAAGUUUGCUGGGCUCAGCUCUAGAUUUCCUUAAGACAUACUGCUGACAUCACUGAAUCUCCUCUCAGAUUCCUUUCCCUCUCUCUCCGGUUUCCUCCUUCAGUUGUUUGACCUGUCAUGACGAUAACAUCUAGUAAGGAAUCUGAACAUUGAUCUUUCACAGUGCUGAAGUCAAAGACCAGAAUCCCUGCCCUGAAGAACUUCAUAUCUAACAGCACAAGUGGAGUAUGAUACAGCACAAACAAGAGAUACAGAACUGAGGAACUGAAAAUGGGCACCACUCAAAUCAAUACGUCAAGUGCCCCACUCGUUAACGGUAUCAUCAGCGCUGACCUCAAGACACACAGACCCCGGGUGAUGUCCAAAAGUGGUCACAGCAAUGUGAGGAUUGACAAAGUAGAUGGUAUAUACCUGCUUUACCUUCAAGAUUUGUGGACAACGGUUAUAGACAUGAAGUGGAGAUACAAACUUACCCUGUUUGCUGCUACUUUUGUGAUGACCUGGUUCCUCUUUGGAGUUAUCUAUUAUGCCAUUGCAUUUCUUCAUGGAGAUUUAGAAAGGGAUCAUUUCCCCCCCAAACAUAUGCCUUGUGUCAAGGAAGUAAAUUCACUAACUGGGGCAUUUCUCUUUUCUUUGGAGUCACAGACAACUAUUGGUUAUGGCUUUCGUUUCAUCACAGAGGAGUGCCCUCAUGCCAUAUUCCUCCUGGUUGCUCAGCUGGUCAUCACAACCUUGAUUGAGAUCUUUAUCACUGGUACCUUCUUGGCCAAAAUUGCAAGACCCAAAAAACGGGCUGAGACUAUUAAGUUCAGUCAUUGUGCUGUAAUUACCAAACACAACGGAGAGCUUUGCCUUGUGCUCAGAGUGGCAAAUAUGAGGAAGAGUCUUCUGAUUCAGUGUCAGCUGUCUGGGAAACUUCUUCAAACCUAUGAAACCAAAGAAGGGGAGAGGAUCCUGCUCAACCAAGCCAGUGUCAAAUUCCAUGUUGACUCCUCUUCAGAAAGUCCUUUUCUGAUUUUACCUUUAACCUUUUACCAUUUAUUGGAUGAGAGUAGCCCUUUAAGAGAUCUCACACCCCAAAACCUAAAAGAAAAGGAUUUUGAACUGGUUGUCCUCUUGAAUGCCACAGUAGAAUCCACUAGUGCCGUCUGCCAAAGCAGAACUUCUUAUAUACCAGAGGAGAUCCACUGGGGUUAUGAGUUUGUGCCUGUGGUUUCUCUCUCUCAAAAUGGAAAAUAUGUUGCUGAUUUUAGUCAGUUUGAGCAAAUCAGAAGAAGUGUAGACUCUACUUUUUAUAGCAUGGACUCUGAAAAACAGAAACUAGAAGAGAGAUACAGACAGGAAGAUGAAAGAGAGAGAGGACUGAGAACAAUAUUGUUACAGCAAAGCAAUGUGUGAUUGUAUGUAGGGCCGGCUCCAGGCACCAGCGCAGCAAGCAGGUGAUUGGGGUGGCCAACGGAGAGGGGCAGCACGUCCGGCUCUUCGGCGGCAAUUUGGCGGCGGGUCCCUCUCUCCUUCUCAGAGGGAAGGACCUGCAGCCAAAUUGCUGCCGAAGAACAAUGUGGCAGUGGUAGAGCUGCCUCCAAAGUGCCGCCGAUCAUGGCUUUUUUUCCCCGCCGCUUGGGGUGGCAAAAAUGCUGGAGCCGGCCCUGAUUGUAUGAGCAAACUUUAACAUUAGUAAUGCCUAUUUACAAACUGAAACAAAAGCAUACAUUAUAUAUACUGUAUGGCUCUUAAGAAAAUGCAGCAGAGACCUCUUAAGCAAGUGCCUUGGUAUAGAGUAAAUCUGUCCUUUUGUGAAGUCAAGUUGUUAAUCGAGUAUUUGUUUUAAUUAGGUGGGAUUUCUUUGUUUAUCAUAAUGACUUAACAGAGUUGGAUUUAUUUUGAGAGUCUGCCUUGUACCAGCUGUAAGAUCAGACAUACUACUUUCCAUUUGGUAAGUGGAGUUUGAUACCGUGAGAAGAUUUCUUCACAUAGAUAUUUGCCAUCAUUUAAUUAUAACAGUGGGAUCUCAAAGUUAGCACACAGUGCUUCCAGAAGGAAAUAGGCUCCUUUAAAAUGUUUAUUUUCAUACCAGUGCUUUAUUUUCUUUAAGUGGUCUUAACUAGGUUAAUGUGAGAGAUGUGUGGUUCAAUCAAUGCAGACAUAUUAUAGCUGGUAAACAGAUCCUUUUAUCCUGAAUGAGAGAAAAUGACUUGUACACUAAUAGCCCCGCUGGACGUUGUUAAAAGGGUGUUCUUAGCUCCAUUAGGGACCAUUAGUUUCUUGAACACUCAUUUGUUUUUUUACCAUGUUAAUGGCAGGCUUGUAUAUAACAUCUAGGGAGGGAGCUGCGGGCAGUUAACAUAGAAUCAAAACAGUAAUUAACUAAGUUAAAACUGGCUUUGCCAAGACUUUUGUUUUCAUAAAGUGUAAAUCAUUUCUAUUAGCAGCCUAACAAUACAUUUCUGAAGGUUGCUUGUUUUGCCAUGGGCCAUAUUUAAUUUUUGCUAAAUGAAAUCUUGAUGACAUCUGUAGCCAAUAUUUACUGUUUCUGGCCACUUUAAUGGACAAACAUUCCUUUGAUCCAUUUCAGUUUUGGUCUAUUAAACCAUUCUAUUAAUAAAGGAAUGUAAUUUGAA